AUGUUGUCAGCUAUUGUAACGGCACUUUAUGCCUCGUCGAUUGCACAAGGUUCCGUCAUUCCAAAACUGAACGAACUUCUGAAGAUCGGUACCCAAGAAGACAUAUUCCCAUACUUGGCUGGUGAUGCACCAUAUUUCUCAUACCCGGGCGAUUAUGGUAUUCCGAUUGAUGCUCCAGAAACUUGUGAGAUGAGCCAAGUCCAGCUUAUCGCAAGACAUGGUGAGAGAUACCCUUCGAAAAGCAGAGGACGUAAGAUCUUCAAUACUUGGUACAAGAUCUCUAACUAUACCAGCACUUUCAAUGGCUCAUUGUCAUUCCUCAACGACGACUACGAAUUUUUCAUUCAGGAUUUGGAUGAUUUGGAACAGGAAACUACUUUAGAGAAUUCUGUGAAUCCUUUAAACCCUUAUACUGGUGAAAUGGACGCUAAACUACAUGCUCGUCAAUUCUUAGAGCAAUACAGUGAUUUGCUGGAAAAUAACACCGAAUUCUCAGCAUUUACCACAAACUCUAGAAGAGUGUAUGACACUGCUGAAUGGUUUGUUGAAGCACUGGGGCCAAAUUUUAACAUCACUAUGGAAGUCAUCGAUGAAGAACCUUCCGCUGGUGCUAACACCAUUAGUGCUGGAUAUUCUUGCCCUGCUUGGGAUGAAGAAGCCUUCAGUAACAUCACUGAUGCCUACUCUGAUGAUUAUUUGAAAGAUAUCGCUAAAAGACUUAACAAAGAAAAUCCAGGGCUAAACUUAACAACCACCGACUCUUUCAUGUUGUUCAGCUGGUGUGCUUUCGAAAUCAGUGCUCGUGGUUACAGUGACGUCUGUGAAGUCUUCACUCAGGAAGAGCUAAUCAAGUACUCUUACUACGACGAUUUGUCAAACUAUUACUCAGAUGGUCCUGGUUAUCCAUUGAUUAAAGAUGUUGGUGCCAACUUGUUCAAUGCCACUGUGGAACUCUUGAAGCAAAGCGAUAAGCUAAAUCAAAGCGUCUGGUUAAGUUUCACUCAUGACACUGAUAUUUUGAACUACCUAACAACUAUUGGUUUGUUCGAUGAUGGCCGUCCAUUGAACGCUACUCAUGUUCCUUUCCGUGAUCAUGCAUUCCGUAAGUCGUGGCAAGUUCCAAUGGGCGCCAGAGUUUACACUCAAAAAUUCCAGUGCUCAAACUCAUCUUACGUCAGAUAUGUUGUUAACGAUGCGGUUAUUCCAAUCGAAUCCUGCUCAUCUGGUCCUGGUUUCUCGUGUCCUGAAGACGAUUUUUACGACUACGCUGAAAGCAGACUGCAGAACUUAGACUUUGUGACUGCUUGCAAUGUCACUUCUGUCAGCAAUACAACUCAGUUGACGUACUACUGGGACUUCAACACUACUACCUACAACUCUACAUUGUUAGAUCAAUGA